AUGCUCCUCACUGCCUGCUUUCUCUUGCUCCUCAGCUUCCCCCCCGCCGUCGCGGCGGAUUGGUGGGAUGACUUCUCCAAUAAUUUCGCGUCGGAUCUUGCCCCGCUUCUUUCGCUCUUUGGUGAGCAGGUCACCAAGCAAUUCCUCAGCGAAAGCAUUUCUGUCGUGGACCACAUCAUCUUCGCGAUGGCCCCAAUGGGAAUACUGACGGCUGUUGUUUCCGUUAUCCGUACUUGUGGUAGCCCAUCGCUACGCGCCUUCAUUGGCAGAGCGCAAGAAGGGAAGGGAAUCGCUGAGGCUGAACUGUGCUCCUCUACGAGCCGGGAUGUUUGUGAGCUCUACAGCAAUGGUGGAAUUGCGCGCGUCUUCGGGCGUCCAAAGAUACUCGAGAUUAUCUUUGACCCUGAAGGUGCGGAUUUUCGGAAGGAAGCUGGAAUUUACACAAUGAGGAACUACUUGAAGACUGAAAAGAGUGUAUGGGUGAAGAAGUCCGGUGUCUUUGCCGGAUCUACCACCGACGUGGAGUCUACUCCGCCAAAGGAGUCUACAUAUGCGGACAGUGACAUUGAUUUGUUCGCCCCGAACCUUUCUCUCAAUGUUGGAAUCAAACGACAGCCUACACACGUUUCCUGGAUAGUCGCCGGGUUGGGACUUUUCUUGCAGAGCGGUGUUAUGGUGUUUGCGGGCAUUGCGACAUACUACCUGAAGUGGGAAAAGGAUGACAAGCCUCCAAACAAAUAUUCAUGCCCUAUGAUGUUAGCUGGCACAGGUCUCUUAGGGAUUGGGACAUUCUACUGUGCAUUUCUCAUUGGCGAGAGCACAUACGAACAGUUGUUCAUCAGAAGGGACCGACCCAGCCCCAAUUCUCAAAAAUGUCCAAUAAUAAUUUGGCUGCAGCCUGGGGGCCAGGUUUUGGGUGAUCAGACAUUUGAUCCUUUUUGCUACAGCGAUAAUGGAAAGCCAUUGAAACAGUAUCUCACGUCGUGGAAGAAACCAUCAGCUGCGUCGCCCUCCUGGGUUUGGGCAGCCAUCGUCGUUAGUAUGCUUGGUUUUGUUCUUCAGUUUACCGGACUUCGAGGUAUACAUUCCGCAGUCUCCUUGGCCCAAACUGCAGUAGUUCUGGCCAUGAGUAUUGCAAGAUCGUUACUCCGCACGCAACGGUUGAAGCUUGAGGACAAUAAGUUUGCGGGAUUUCCAGAUCCGGUAACUGGGCACGAGCUUGACUGGCUUGCGUUGCAUAUUGACGAAAUGGAUCUUCCGCUAGAUCUGAGUGGAUUGUCCGAAAACUUUGCCACUGAAAUAGUGACAGUAUCCCUGCAUCGUGAAAGUAGAUACUUUUGGAGGUUUGGGGGUGUUUCGAGCAUGGAAAGUAUUUCAAGAUCUGAGCUGUCUUCUCUAUUACGGGAUUUCGAUUUCAAUCCUGCUGCAAAGACCUUUGCCUACCGGACUCGCCUGGGGCAUCUGACGAUGUCACAAAGCAAACGAUCGAGAAUUGCCACUUCUGCAAGCAGUUUUCAUACCGAAAUGGUUGAGGUUCGGCAAGAGGCUCAAAGGCUUGCUGUUGCUAUUACAACUGCUCUCAAUCUGCUAUUUCCGGACAGGAAUGAUAAUGAAUGCUUGAGGUGGGGGGUUGAGUGUUUCAUUUCAGCAGCAUUACGAUAUGACCGAGGAGGAUACUCCAAUUUUGAAAUCGCUGACCCUUAUACUGUAUACCUGAAUGUUCUUCACGACCCAGAGAAUCAGUGGAAGUUCGAAAACAACAUGGAAGUGGAAUCCCUUCUUGGGUUAUGGGUUUGGUCACUAAUGUCUGAACCUACCAUGGAAAAGACGGAUGAGCUAAGCUCUCUCGUACGAUCCCGAGCCCUGGAGUUUCCGGUGCGGCGGAUCGUUUCAACCGCCGCGAAAAUAGAAAACCUCAAAAGAUGGCUGCCACGUAAGGCUUUCAAUUUCAAGGAACAUACCCUUAGUUUUGAGCUUAGACAUAGCGAGCCAGGUAGACUAUGGGGGGAGAUCAACGACGAGUGCAAGCUGUACCGUUCCGUCUGGGACUUUAGACAACAAGACAAUGUCCGGCCUACUGUUCGUCUCUUUGGUUGGAACAUUGAGCCCCGUUCUGAUUUGAAGGAUCUAUGCAAGGCUUCUGGAACGUUCAAGAUGAUUUCUACCACCACGAGUGGCACGCUUGUGUCUUCUUGUGCCCAUGAAGUUUUCGCAUCAUUCCUGGCGAGCGUUCUUGAUGAAUUCCCUGAUCAUGAAGAUGCGAGAAUCGAAGUAGCCAAUGAGGAUCCCCAUCUAAGAAGUCCUCUCGUGGAAAAACUGGUCAAGGCAUUCACUGACAGUCAGUUAGGCUCGGCAGAAGAGGCUAUGCUUUGCGUUUUGCCACCUAUCGUAUCUAGACUUGAUCAGAUGCGUAGAGGCGGUCCGCAAAGGUAG